UGUCCAUGACGUCGAAGACUAGCCCCCAACGAUGACUGGAAGUAAGCGCGGCGCUACAUCCGAUAUGGAUAGCUUUUGUAUUGGCCAUAACGGCACUGUGAUGUAUGGAUAGACCGUGACUCGCGGCACAUGUGAGAGUGGAGGGAGUUUCGAUAUCUAUAAACGUACCGUUUCGCAGCGCAUGUCACAAUGGAUUUAGAGCGACCGAGGACGUUAGGACACGCGUAGCGACGGACUCCCGAGGAGUCCUUGUGCAACCUGGAUAACAGGUUUAUUCUUUCUCAACGUGGUGCUGUUUACGGCGACGGCACGGCGUUCAGAUUCAGCUUCUUCCGUCGCCGCCGGCCCAUGUGCACCCAAAAAUAUCUUGAGCCGUCAUGUAUAUACUAUAUCACCUCUGAGGUGAACAACAUGACGGCGGGUAAUAAGGAUUACGACGUCAGGGAGAUAUCUAAAAAGGUUCUGGUCAACGGUGACAUACCUAAGGUGCAGGUGGUUGAAAAGGACGGUCAUUGGUUCACUUUGAACAAUCUUCAAUUGGAAGUUUGUCAGAGGUUACAACAGGAUGGGAGGUGUAAAAAGGUUAAGGCGGAUAUCAUCCCAAUUAGUGAAAUUCCAGAUGAGCUCCUCAAAUUGAUGGUGCUUCCUAAUAAGCCAAAGGAUAACUCGUCAGGAUGUUUGAUGCCCGGAAUGGCUGCAACAGCGCUCAAUUCAUAUGCCCAUGGUACUUCAGACACGAGUCGAGCAACAGGUCGGGGUUACCAACGGUUAGGUCAGAAGGAACGGGAGAAACAUGCACAUAAUGAUGAUGACGAUGAUGAUGAUGAUGAUGACACAACUGAUGAUGGAGACGAUGAUAGUGAUGGCAGUGAUUCUAGUUCUGAUUGUGAUGAUGCUGAAAGUGACUAUGACUGGAGUGAAGAAGCCCAGGAUAGCAGCGAGUGCGACCCAACUGACGAUACCGACAAAAAGGAUAUAGAAAAGGAGCUUCUGCUUUAAGGAGACCUCUGUUUAGGGGGAAAAUCCAUUUGCACAUACAGGAAUCAUCAUAUUCUUGUCGGCUAGGUUUCAACUUGUUUCCAUUUGGCAUUGGGUUAUACAUGUAGCCGAUGAUGAUGUUCCAAGGACAUUUCACUUGUGCACUACACUGUUAGAUGAAUCCCGACCUUGCUUAUAUAAAUCAAGUGUGUCUGGUCCUGGCAGAUUCAUAACAUAAAACGCCAAAAGGAUUACGAAACCGCUAUUUGUCAUGGUGGCUUAUGUUACCAACUUGACACGUCGAGCAGACCAGUUUAGGCAAAUCGAGUGUAAGCAAAGAUAUUCUAUUCCAUCAGGUAUAGAUGUACAGGAUUCGAUAACAAAACACUGUGAAUAUUUCAUUCAAGAAAGGCAAUAUCUUUUAUUCCAACGUCAUUUUUGAUGAUUUCAUAUCAAAUGCCUACACUACAAUUCUGAAUUACUUAUUUCUGAGAAGUAUCAUUUUGUAUCUGUCUGUUAUAAGCCUUAAUUGAUACAUUGUAAUUUAAAGAGGGGAUAUACAUGAAUAGAGGGUCAUAUGAUACGAGAAUUUUGUUUAACAUCACUUACAGACUGUUACCGAACGAAUGCUAAACACCAUCAGUGGAACCUCGUAAUCAUGAAUAUUUUUCAAUGAAUUCAUGGUUAUAGUGAACUGUUUUCCAACUACAAUGGGCAUUUACGAUGGAAUAGUAAACUUUUGAAUUAUUGCCAGCAGAUAGCCAAUAUUGCGAGCAUCAGACGUUGUUCACUGUGAGCUUCUUUAGAUUGGUAUCUGUGAUGUAUCGUGACUCUCUCUAACCAUUGUAUAAUGUGGUAUCAUAUAUCAAUACUUUAUACUAGGCUACUGCUAUUUCCUCCGGCGGUCCUUGAAUGCGGAUAUUGUAAUAGCAUAUUUGUUAAAAACGGGAUAUCACAUUGAAAUGCAUGUAGCAGUGACCAAUUGAAAACAAUAUAGACAUUACACAGAUGUUUGGGUUGGGUAGUGUACGUUAUUUCCUUCUCAUAGUGUUCCUGCGCUACAUAUGGAAGCUGGUAUAGUCUCAGAAAGUUCAAAAAUGCCAGACGGAUUACGGGUUAAUCUUCUUAGCCAUGAUUAAGAGAUGGACGUCAUGUCGAUAAUGAUAGAUAGCAAUCGAUAACCAGUCGGACUACUGUUAAGUACGAUAUGUACUACAUGUAUGUACCUUCUGCUUUACCAACUUGUUCAUCCAGCUCUCUUAUCAUCAUGUUUGUGCCUUUGUGUGUUGAUAUUUAUGACUCUGCGCUAAUCCGGAUACACGUCAAUACGGAUGAAAAACUGCCAAAAUGUCAGGGUAAAACAAUACGACCCGCUGUUGAAGUACGCUGCGGUAUAUAAACUGAGCUGUAACUUGAAACGUUUGUUAUAGGGGCCCAGUGAUAGCAUAUGACUGAUAGUUUAUUUCAUAAGUUUUCAAAUAGCCUGCGAAUGAUAACAAACAAGGAUCUUUGGUCUUUGUUGCACUGCCCGGCGAUAGAAAGCAGAUUAUUGAUAAGUAAGAACAUCCAUGGUGUGAUCCAUGUAGGAGAUAUUCCUUCCGUAUUGACGCAUAUUCGUAUGGGCACGAUCCAGGCGACUAUGAACCCAUUUGGCUUACAUACACGCAACCCUUCUCUCUGUUUCGGUAUCGUGAAUCCUAAUUACUUGUUGUGCUACAUGUAUAUUCCGGGGUGUUGAUACAAUGGGGUUUUCAAUAAACAUAACUUGAUUUUAUAACAAAA